GAAUGUUGUUUUAAACCUAGACCGUGGAAUUUGUAUCGCGGUUUUGUUACAUUCACUGUGAGAUUAUUUAAGAGGUGGUUGGUGAAGCAUCAAUUAUCGGGAUUCUUCUCGAGUAUAUAACUUUACAACGGAUUUCUAACCUAGUGUCAAGUCGAAGGAGCACAAUGUGCUACUAAGUAAGGUAAUUGUAAUUGCCAACACUUCUCGGAUUUCCCUGCUCCAACGCGCAGCAUUUACGACGUUCUCUUGCUUCAAAAUCUCACCAGAUCUUCAUUAUGGGAAACGAAACAAUGUCGGCUCCAGGGAACAGCUCUGGUCCCAUUGACAAUAUAUGGCUUUCCAGUAAGAUCAUUAUGCUCAUUGCCACGAUUCUGGCAAUUAUCAGCACGGCCUGGGUAGCAAGAUUCAUUCAAUACAGAAAUUCGUACAAGGAAUAUGCAUCUGGGAUACCUUGCCCGCCUUUCAGUACUUUACUAGGCACAUUGAAAUCGAUGGGCGAUCAAUAUGCUCACGCACCAAUGACUGCGCAUCCGCAUGGCAUUAUGACCAUGAUAUACGACAAGUACAACCUAAAAGACAUGUUCAUCCUAGACAAUUGGCCAUUCUUUCGUUGGAGACAAAUUAUUAUUUGUGACCCGAAUCUCGCGGCACAAUGCACGCAAAAUCACUCACUCCCAAAAUCAGUUGUUACCGGGCAAUAUGUUGGCCAUAUUACCGGGAAGAGAAGUAUUCUGCUCACAGAAGGUUUGGAAUGGAAGAAGAACCGGGCAUUAUUCAACCAGGGGUUUGCUCUUGCUCAUUUAACGACCCUUAUGCCCAGUCUUGUCGAUGAGGUAGAAAUCUUUCGCGAUGUUUUGGGCAAACUUGCCGAUUCGGGAGAGGUUUAUCCAAUUGAAGAAGCGGCUGCGUUUUUAACUAUUGAUAUAAUGGGUCAUGUUGUUCUAGAUAUCAGUCUAAACUCUCAAACGAUCAAGAGUGAACUGGUCGAAUAUUUUCGCAAUUCUAUUUCUUGGACACCAAAAAUUGUUGCGACAAAUCCGUUGGUAAAUCUGAAUCCCUUAGGUCCGAUCAUGCGAAAGUAUUAUGAAUGGAAAAUGGACGGCUAUCUUAACAAGGUCUUGGACGCUCGAUUCGCAGAGAAGGGAGGGAGUGCCUCGAAAGGUAAGAAGAAGCCUGUUAUUGAUACUGCACUUGACGAAUAUAUCCUCCAACAAGAGGAGGACAAUGUCGCGUUGGGCGACCGAGGAUUAGAUCAAACUUUCAAGCAAGUAUCAAUCGAUCAAAUGAAAACAUUUCUAUUCGCUGGCCACGACACCACUUCAAGUACUAUUGCCUACACAUACCAUCUAUUGGGUAAAAAUCCCAGAUGUUUGGCCAAAGCGCGAGAUGAAUUAGACAGGGUAUUUGGGAAGGACACUUCAAAAACUGGGGAUAUGAUCAAAGAACAACCGAGUAUAGUAAACCAGUUACCAUACGUAUAUAGCUGUAUUAAGGAAACUCUCCGGAGGUACCCACCUGCAGAUACAGCGCGACAUGGAGAUGAUCUCGUGCUUGAAUACGAAGGUCGACAAUUCCCGACUAAGGAUUUCAUGGUAAUGGUUUGUGUUCAUACCAUACAUCACCGAGAGGAUCUUUUCCCUUCACCUUACGAAUUCAUUCCUGAACGAUUCAUGCCUGCACCAGACAACUUUCAAGAAAUUCCAAAGAACGCUUGGCGACCAUUUGAAAGGGGAUCCCGAGAUUGUAUUGGACAAGAACUUGCUCUUCUUGAAAUGAAGAUUGUUAUGGCUAUGACUUUGAGAGAAUUCGACAUCAAUUCCGAUUACGAGACUUGGGAUCGAAAGCUUGGUAGGAAGGAACCUGGGAGUAUUCUCAAUGGUACACGUGGGAUGUUCGGAGACCGUGCCUAUCAAGAAUUGAUUGCAAGUGCUAAACCAUCUGAUGGGAUGCCGGCCAAGAUUGAAAGAAGGACACGUAAUUAAUUGGAUAGCAUUAUUAUUAUGAUUUGCAAGAUCCGAUGAAUAUUACAUCGCAUAAUAUCAUACGAUUGAAAUGAAGAUUGGAUAGAAAUUGAAGAUGUCAGUGUCACAUCACGACAAUUCUUUCCAAUAUACAGAACAUCUUCUCCUGUUCUUAUUACGAAUCCCUCGCAAAAUUUUGAUUGGGCGGGAUUUCAUGGUGGCAAUACGUCUAAGAAUAGGCAGAUGAAACCUACGCAAAUUCUCUCUGAAUCCUAGCUUUUCAUCAGUGUAGUGCUGCGAUGAAAUGGUUGUUGAUGUUCCAGACCCAUGAGUCUGUACCCAAAAUGUCGUUGUGUUCCGAUCGCGCUAGAUCCCUGCUAAAACCCCCCUUGUCUCAACUUCGUCUCAAACCUUGGCUUCAGACGGAGAUGGAAACAAGAUAAGCGAUGUUGGAAUGCAGGGACCCCGGAAAUUUGAAAUCAAAUUUAAUUUAAAAUACUGAAGCUUACAAUCUAUCUGGUAGCUUGUUUCCCCAGAUUUUAUCGAGUGGAUUGUAUGUUUUGCAGGACUGCCAUAUUAAAUGACCCACCUGAAAAUUUCCGACAAAGGGUACGGUUACAUUCUUUGGUAAGCUUAUGGCAGAGGCA